AUGGCGGGCGUGGGGCUGGAGCCAAGGAUUGUGAAGGUUGCGGCGGUGGGGCUGGAUGCGGAGAGGUGGGUGUGGAGGUGUGUUGUUGAUCCUAAGGCCAGGAGGGAGCUGGAGGGUCUGCGGAGGAGGUGGGGGGUGCAUGUGGCGGGGGAGGGCGGGGAGUAUGAGACGAUUGUGGUGGAUGGGCCCGGGUGGAGGGGGAGGAUUGAGGUUGAGGAGGGGCAGAGGGAGAUUGUGGAGGGCGCGGGCGGGGUUGGGCAUCUGAAGGUGCUUGGUGCUAGGUUUGUGGAGAGAGAGGGAGAGCCGGUGGGGCAGGAGGAGUGGGUGAAGGACUUGAAAAAGCCGGAUCUGUGGGAUAAGGUAUUUGCGGACAUUCUGAGGAUCAUUGACACCGAGAAUGAGAAUACCACUCCCGCAGAACCGCCGAAAAGCGCCAUACCGCUCUCCGGCGGCCCCAGCAUCUCCACCGCCCAAACCUCCCAGUCCGGAAACCUCGUCUUCAUAACCAACCUCUCCAGUCCCUCCCCCACCACCACCAUCACCGAAGAAGCCCAAUCCGUAAUGACCCUCCUCUCCCAGAACCUCUCCACCCUCAACACCACCUUCUCCUCCAUCACCUCCACCACCCUCCUCCUCCGCUCCAUGUCCGACUUCGCCGCCAUAAACAGCAUCUACUCCUCCUUCUUCACCGCCCCCAACCCGCCCUCCCGCGUCACCGUCUCCGUCGGCCCCCGCCUCCCAGAAAACACAAACAUCCUCCUCUCAGCAACCAUCGACCUCCCCACAAAGUCCCCGCGCAAGGGCCUGCACGUCCAGUCCCGCUCCUACUGGGCGCCCGCCAACAUCGGCCCCUACUCCCAGGCCAUCAAUGUCGACGGCUGGGCCGCCCUCGCGGGGAUGGUCCCGCUCGUACCGAGCUCCAUGGGGGUGCUCAACGCAGGCGUCAGCCGCGCCGACGUGAAUGCGCAGGCGGUGCUGGCGCUCCAGCAUAUGUGGCGGGUUGCGACAGCGACCGAGGUCACGGUGCUGCUGGGGUGCGUGGCGUAUGUGGUUGGGCCUGUUGGUGCUGCGGCGGCCACGGCGGCGUGGAAGGAGCUGUGGAGGGGAUGGAAGGGGGAGGCGGGGUGGAAGGGGCUGUUUGGAGCCGAUGAGGACGAGGAUGAGGAUGGUGAGGAUGAUGAGCCGGUGGAGGUUGAGACGGGUAUAAGGCCGCCGCUGCUGAUAGUAUCGGUGGAGGAGCUGCCGCGUGGCUGUGCGGUGGAGUGGGCGGGCGUGGGAUUUGAUCCGGAGUGGAUCCAGAGGGUGCGGGGUGAGUACUACACGGACGAUGAUAACGACGCUGAGAAGGCCAGCGAUGACUGGGGCGUCAAGACGUGCGCAGAGACAUGCAGUAGUGGGAUUGUGACCUCGUCUGGGGUGUAUUACGGCGGCUGGAGCAAUGGCCGGAGCAUCUGUGGUGGUGGGGUGGGGAUACUCUGUCUCCCGGUUUCCUCAGAGGAAGAUAGAUGUACGACUCUAGCAAAGGAGGUAGCAGAGAAGGUGGGUGCGGAGGUGAUGGGCUUUGACGCUGCGGAGGUGAGGGUGUAUAUUCCGGCUGUGACGGGAACGGUGGGUGAGUUCUCGGAGGCCUGGGGGAGGGAGAUGUGUGAGGUGAAGGUGGCCGUCAUGUUUGUGCCUGUGGACCAGGUGUGGGACUGUGAUGGCCAGCUGGCGGGGCUGGGUGUGGUGGUGAGAAGAGUGGGCGAGAUGGCUGCGUGGGCUACUUUGAAGAGCGCUCAGUCUAAGAGACAGUGA